GCCCAACUCUACACCGUCGCGCUGCCCCCGAAAACAGCUGGUGCGGCCCGAGUUCGCCUCCAUUUGCUCGUUUGCUCCAGAGAUCCGCGAACAGUCGGUGUGGCGGUGCCGUGUGCGGUUGUCUGUCGAUCGUCCUGUGAUAGUCGUAACGCGAUCGAAGUGUUUUUAAAAAAAAAUCGACGACGGCGACGGUCUGUUUAGACAACCACUGUGUGUAGAUUGUUUAGAUGAUUGGCCAAACGGAGAGGCAAUAGUGAAACAUGGAUCCAAUUGGGGCGAGCUGCUUCAGUCUACAUAUCCUAGAAAAUGAAAAGGCCAUCCAGGAAGAGAAGAAGACCGAGGAGAAGUUUCAGGAAAUCAUUGUCAGUUGCAGAUCACUUAGCAGAUAUGAAGGAAGGACGUUUAGAAGCUUAAUACCACAAAUAUUGGCAACUAUAAUAGCAGGUUCUUACCACAUAGUUGUGGGUAUUUCGUUGGCAUAUUCAGCAAUCCUCAUCCCACAGUUAGAAAAAAAUGGUACUGAUAUAGAGGUGACGAAGGGUGAAGCUUCAUGGAUUGCCAGCGUUAUCGUGGUGGUAGUACCGGUAGGUGCGGUCUUCGGUGGCUUUCUAAUGGACGGCGUCGGGAGACUGAACACCGUGAAACUGGCCGCGAUACCCGGCGCCUUAGGGUGGACAUUAAUAGCCACGGCCCAAAACGUACCGAUGAUCAUAGCAGGAAGGAUAUUAACAGGCCUGGCGUCGACUUGGGGUUCGAGUCCUGCCACUGUUUACAUUACGGAAAUUGCCCGGGCUGAUAUGAGGGGGUCGCUCAUCUCCUGUGCUCCCGCCUACGCAUCAUUAGGAAUGGUGAUAGCGUACUUGAAGGGUUGGUUCCUGGACUGGAGAACGGUGGCCUGGAUGUGCAACGCCUACAGCAUCAUCCCGUGCAUCCUCAUCAUGUUCAUACCCGAAAGUCCUGCCUGGCUUGUGUCCAAAGGUAAAAUUGAAGAGGCGGCCAAGUCGUUGAACUGGAUCAACAAGAACCAACCACAACCUGAAAACAAGGCGGAAAGCUUGGCGGAACUGCAACUGGCGCAGCUACAGAAGGAGCAUCAACAAAAGAUGGAGGCACAAGCUAAGAGGGGUGACGGGUUUGUUGUCAAACUGAAGGAGUUUGUCAAACCAACAGCUUACAAGCCUUUGUUCAUUCUUUUCGGGUUGUUCUUCUUCCAACAGUUCUCUGGCAUCUACAUCACACUUUUCUACUCUGUCUCCUUCUUCCAGGACGUCGGAAGUGAGAUCAACCCUUACUUGGCCUCAGUACUGAUCGGAGCAGUCCGUUUCUGCAUGUCCAUGAUCAACACCUACAUGCUCAAGACCUUCAGAAGGCGCCCCCUGGUUGCCACCAGCUGCGUGGGCAUGAUGAUCUGCAUGGGGGUGUCCGGACUGUUCACCUCGUGGAUAAAAGCCGGCACCUCCACCCAAAACUGGGUGCCCGUGGCCCUCCUGCUCCUCUACGUCAUCACCUCGAUGAUCGGCAUGCUGCCCAUACCGUGGACCAUGACGGCCGAGCUCUUCCCCAUCGAAAUACGAGGCGUGGCCCACAGCAUCGCCUACAGCAUCGCCAACCUGCUGAUGUUCGCGUCCGUCCAGAGCUACUACAGCCUGCUGGACAUGUUCGGCGGCAGCUCCGGCGUCCAGUACUUCUUCGCCGUCGUGGCCAUCGUGGGCAUGAUGUACACGCUGGUGUUCCUGCCCGAGACGCACGGCAAAAAGCUGUCGGAUAUCACCGACUACUUCAACCACAACACCUGCUUUAUCGGGCAGAAGAAAAAGAAGCAGCAGAAGAAGAAGAACACGACGGUGACCAGGGUGGGCAAGAAGGACAUUGUCAAGUCGAAGAACGACAAUGACAAACUGAUGCAACAAGUCUAAGCCGACUUUUUAACGUCUGUCUUUGUUUUAAUUGGUGCUUUGAAUGGUGACGUUCGACAACAAUACGAGGUGCCUGUUUGCCAUCAAAUACAGUUACUUAUACUAUAAAUUAUUAUACAUAUACAAUUAAAAAAAAAAACAUUCGAACAGCUAUAUUUCUGAUCUCGAUGAUGUUUAAUCAAUUGGACGUGGGAUUAUUAAAAUUGUUUCAAUUGUUGUAGAUCAUUAAGGACAUAUACAAAACAUAUUUUGUAAUUUUACAAUUUUAGGGCGACUUUUAAGUGAUUUUUUACUUAAAUUUUUAUGACCAAGGUAACCGAAGGAAUAUAUUUAUACACAGACAAUAAGUUGUCUAAUAGACAAAAAAUUUACACAUCAGUAUUGUUUAUAUAAAAUGAUCAUUUGAAUCUUAGUCUGUUACUUAAUUUAUUAUUAUUAUUUUCUAAUAACUCGAAAACAGCAUUUAUUUCCCCCAAUUUUGUGAUUAUGAUAGGUUUAUUUAUGAUUUGUCUUAAUUUAAAUGUAAUCGUAAUCAAUUUCCGUGUAUUUCAUGAUAUUUGUAGGUUUUUAAGCAUAUUUAUUACAAAAAAUUGUGAUAAUUUGUACAAAUAAAUGUUAUAAAAAUA